CGUCUGACCCAAGGGGCGCAUUGUGUGACCACAUGAGCAGUGGUCAGGUGGGAUGGAUCAGGCACCUUACGCAGGCUGCGGGCAUACCACCGAGACCUGUCUGUGACCUUUUUGGAAGCCAUGCUGGGGUCGAUAAUCUCUUACCCAGUCCAACACCCCCGUUAGCUGAUGGCUUGAGUCUUUGUUUCCUGUCAAACCUUUUUUUCCAUCAGCCAAAAUAUAUGAACAUGAACUGCACAUCACAAAAAACAAGGUGGAUCAUUGGCUCGCUUCAUUCAGUGUCUCUGGGUUUGAGCCAAUCACAGUUGGUCUACGGUAUGUAAAUGGAAUAUUUUACGUUCAAAUCUUUCAUUAGAGCGAGAACAGCGCUGGUUCAGCUUCAGCGCCAAAACGUAACCAUGUAUUGUGCUAUGAUAAUUCUGAGUACAGCACUGCUGAUUCAGUCUCAGGAGGAACCUCGAUUGAUCUUUGUGAAAUCAGCAGGACUUGGAGAUAAUGUUACCCUUCAUUGUGAAGCUAAAGACAAGAAUAUUAAUUAUUUAUACUGGUACAAGCAAUCUCCUGGAUACUUUCCCCAAAUGGUUGCUUCAAAAUCGUAUGGAUCAAUUACAAUGAAGCCCCACUUUGAUUUAAGAUUCACAAUGGAAGAAGGUGCUUCUCACUUUAAUCUGAUCAUUCAAAACGUAACUAAAGGUGAUGAAGCUAAUUAUUUCUGUCGACAAUACUCACUUGACUCCUGGGACGAUUGCACCUUUCUGUCUGUCAAAGAUCCCAAUGCCCAGAGGUUUGUCUCCCAGACUGUGGUCCAACAGUCUGUGUCGGCAUCAGCUCAGCUGGGAGACCCUGUGGCUCUCCAGUGCUCUAUUACCUCCCAGAGGACGGACCACAGUAACCAGUGCCAAGGGGAACCCAGUGUGUACUGGUUCAGAUCAGGACCAUCUCACCCUGCUGCCAUUUACAUGAAUGGGAACAGGACUGGUGAAUGUCAGAAGAGUUCUGGGCCUCCGUCUGCUCCACAGAGCUGUGUCUACACUCUCCCCAAGAACAAUGUAGACUCCUCUGAUGCUGGGACCUACUACUGUGCCCUGGCAGCAUGCGGGGAAAUUAUGUUUGGAAAUGGAACUACACUGGACAUAACAGAACCCGACCGACAUCUAGUUAACAUGAUGCUUGGAAUACUGUUGGCUUGCUGUCUGGCUGUGAUUAUAAUCCUGUUUCUAACCAGAAUUAAAAAGCAUAUUUUUGAGCAUCGCAAAGGAACAUUGAGUUCUUCCUACCAUGUUCCACGUGACUCAGUGAUUCAGGGAGAAGAGGAGGGGGAAAAAGAUGGUUUGAACUAUGCAGCGUUGGAGUUCUCUGGCAGGAAAACCAAGGGAGGGAGGAAUAGCAUUGAAAGGACUCAGGAGAGUGUGUAUUCUGCUGUGACAGAAACCUGCCAGUGAAGUCCAUCAACCUGGGAGUUUAUGUCACCUCAUGAGGCUAAAGGAGAUAGUAAUAGUAUUAAUCCAGACUCGUUUAUUGUCAUGAAUGCAUGAAGAUAGUUUAUUUUAUUUGGUAAUGUCAGUUCUUUUGGAUCAUAAACAUUGUAUUGCUAAUCAUUUGUGAUGCUGU